CUGAAAACAGGACUUCAAGCAAAGCGUUUGUAUUCCUUUUGCAGAAAUGUUGCUGAAGUGCUGCUGAAAGGGCCAGAGAUGCCAGGAUUUGGGGCCCCGGGAACCUUAAGCUGCCUGACACUGACCUCCUUUCACUGUUAAUAAAGAAGAAGCAGCAGCUUAGCAUGCGUUAACGCCAGUUCGUUCCUCUGCUAACCGGACAGUCUGUGCAGCGAGUCUACACCGCACAGGACGAUUGGCCCAGAGUAAGAUAGUUUCCCAUUGUACGCAGCUUGUAAUAUGCCUCGAUGGAGGAGAGUUUGGUGAGCAUGAGGGAAGACCAUUCUUUUCAUGUUCGUUACAGGAACUCUUUCAUUUUCAAAAAUACGGUUCCAAAGGGCAGUUUUCACUUGUGAAUGACAAGGAGAGACCCGUGACUGGAAGUGGCCUAAACGUAACGACAUCAGGCUCCUUAUGCCCCCGACUGCCACGUGCUCUCCCUCGUCCCUCCUGUCCGACUGGCUUAUCUGCUGCUGAAGCGAAGUGGGAGCAGAGGGUCCUUUGCGUGGUUUUGCUUAGAUCCAUGGAUGAGGGGGCAUCACGUCUCCCUGGAUCAUAAGACAACACAUUGCUGCUGGAAAGCUUGAGACCGACCUGCCCGAGGGGGCCAUGUGGGCUCCGAGCCAGAGGCCGGCUUUGCACCAGAAAUGGGCUCGCUGCCCCUGGUCCGGAUUUUUCUUUUUCCUCAGGUUCUGUGGGUUUUUUGGUCCAGAUUUCCUUCUGGCCUCAUUGGUCGCCAGGACCAAGCCCAGCGCCCGGUUAGACUUGCUGAAAGCGAAUCCCAGUGGGUUCCCUUCAGUGGGUUAGCUCCAAGACGGAUGAGCUAAACCAGUCUUCCACAGGGGGACGCUAUGCCGGAAUGGAAGCCUCUUGCCUGGAGCUGGCCUUGGAGGGGGAGCGCCUGUGCAAGGCUGGAGACUGCCGCGCGGGGGUGUCCUUCUUUGAAGCCGCAGUUCAGGUGGGAACCGAAGACCUGAAGACCCUCAGUGCUAUCUACAGCCAGCUGGGCAAUGCCUACUUCUACCUGCACGAUUACGCCAAAGCCCUGGAAUACCACCAUCACGAUCUCACUCUUGCAAGGACGAUUGGAGACCAGCUGGGGGAAGCCAAAGCGAGUGGUAAUCUGGGCAACACCUUGAAAGUUCUUGGAAAUUUUGACGAAGCCAUAGUCUGUUGUCAGCGACACCUCGAUAUUUCCAGAGAACUUAACGACAAGGUGGGAGAGGCGAGAGCGCUCUACAACCUGGGCAACGUGUACCACGCCAAAGGGAAGAGCUUCAGCUGCCCGGGCGCGCAGGACGCGGGCGACUUCCCCGAGGAGGUGCGCGCUGCUCUGCAGGCCGCCGUGGAGCUCUACGAGGAAAACCUGUCGCUGGUGACGGCUCUGGGUGACCGAGCCGCCCAGGGACGUGCCUUUGGAAACCUGGGAAACACACACUACCUCCUGGGCAACUUCAGAGACGCGGUCAUAGCCCACGAGCAGCGUCUCCUUAUAGCAAAAGAAUUUGGGGAUAAAGCAGCCGAAAGAAGAGCGUACAGCAACCUUGGAAAUGCAUACAUAUUUCUUGGUGAAUUUGAAAUGGCCUCUGACUACUACAAGAAGACAUUGCUGUUGGCUCGGCAGCUUAAAGACAGAGCCGUGGAGGCGCAGUCCUGUUACAGCCUGGGGAACACCUACACGCUGCUGCAGGACUACGACAGGGCCAUCGACUACCACCUGAAGCACUUGGCCAUCGCGCAGGAGCUCAAGGACAGAAUCGGUGAAGGGAGAGCGUGCUGGAGCUUGGGAAAUGCGUACACAGCCCUAGGCAACCACGAGCAAGCCAUGCACUUUGCUGAAAAGCACCUGGAGAUUUCAAGAGAGGUCGGGGACAGCAGUGGCGAGCUAACAGCACGGCUGAACCUCUCAGACCUUCAGAUGGUUCUCGGGCUGAGCUACAGCACAAACACCUCAGUGAUGUCUGAAAACAUUGAAAUUGACAACAGUUCGCACGGUGCACGCCCCAAGUUUGGACGCCGACACAGUAUGGAAAACAUGGAACUUAUGAAAUUAACACCAGACAAGGUGCAGAACUGGAAUAGUGAAAUUCUUGCGAAACAAAAACCCCUCAUUGCCAAACCUUCUGCAAAGCUACUCUUUGUCAACAGAUUGAAGGGGAAAAAAUACAAAACCAGUACCUCCACUAAGGUUCUCCAAGAUGCCAGGAAUCCCAUUGAGCACCGAGUUCCAAACCCCCAGAGGCUUUCCUCUCUGUCUCAGAAACUCAGUGCAGACGCGAUGGGAGAGGAGGGGUUUUUUGACCUCCUGAGCCGAUUCCAGAGCAACCGGAUGGACGACCAGCGGUGCUGCUUACAAGACCGGACCAGCGGGCCAGCUUCCGGCACAGCUCCGACCACGCCCCCGAGAGGGAAGCUAAAAACGCCAUCUGUCCCCGUGGUGUCCCCCAACACGGACGAGUUCCUGGAUCUCCUGGCCAGCUCGCAGAGCCGCCGCCUGGACGACCAGAGGGCCAGUGUCAGUAACUUGCCAGGGCUGCGUCUGACCCCCACCAACAACCAGUCUGUCCUGGGCCACCUGGUGACGAGUGACAAGGAGCCUGACGAGGACUUCUUCGACAUCCUCGUCAAGUGUCAGGGGUCCAGACUAGACGACCAGAGAUGUGCGCCUCCCCCCGCUGCCACAAAGGGGCCGACGGUACCAGACGAGGACUUUUUUAGCCUCAUUUUACGGUCUCAGGCGAAAAGGAUGGAUGAACAGAGAGUUCUUUUACAAAGAGAUCAAAACAGAGACGCUGCGUUUGGGCUGAAGGGCUGCUUGCAAAGUGAUGCUCUGUUGGAAUUUAAAAAUUCAGGAAGAAAAUAAGCCACUAGUUACUACGGACGUAUUUUUUAGUGACCCUGUGUCCCUUCAGAACGCUGUUCAGGAACUGCACCUACUUCUCUUUCCCGGAAAGGAGGGGUGACGGCAUGUAACAGCGUGCAGGCUGAGGGCAGUGCACACACGUGGCGUGUACCGUGCAGCGUGUGCACAUGGACACUCACGUGCUUUGUGGACGCGGCCGAGGUGCUUCCCCAGCUUCCGUGAUCCGCCUGGGACGGUCCUCCAGCCACUCAUUCGUCCUUGGCCCCGGUGCAUCAAGUAGAAAGUUAGAUGAACCCCGACGACUCUAGUCCCCUUUCUGAGAUCGUAUUUUUAAGCACUCCAUUGACAAUGGCUUUUUUAUACUUAACAUAUAAAGAGAAAAUAUGUUGUCUAGAAAAAAUGUGCUUGACCAAUGUGUAGUUAUAUAAAAUAGUCCCAUAAAAAAUCUAGGUUUCCCCCCUAACAAAAUCUACUUUCAAUAUAUUUUUGGGCCAAAGCCAUUAUAAAUGAGACUCUUAAGAAAUAAACUUUUUAGCUUGUU